AUGGACCAGAGUAUAAAUUCUAAAACAGUGAUAAGUCUCAACAGAUUGGAAACCAUUCAGAUCCAAUCUACCAGUGACAUCACAGGCACAAGAAUAAAUUCAUCAAAACCAUUGGCAGUAAUAUCAGGCAAUAAAUGCACCAACGUUCCCUGUGGGGUUCAUGCUUGUGAUCAUUUGGUGGAACAGAUGUAUCCAGUCCAUAGAUGGGGCUACACGUUCACAGUUGUCCCAUCAGCUUACCGGGAAAGUGGGGAUGUUGUCCGCGUUGUAGGCAGUACUGAUGACACAGCAGUCGACAUAACCGGUGUUUCGCGUUUAUUGCUUAACAGAUCCGAGUUCUUUGAAUUUAAGGUAUUGAAGGACGCUCCUGUUUAUGUCAAUGCCAGUAAACCGAUAAUGGUGCUGCAGUUUACGCAGAGCCAAGGAACAGAUGGUCUAGAAAGUGAUCCAUAUAUGAUGGUUGUGCCUGCGAUAGAACAAUUCUCAUCCAGUUACACCAUCGCUACUGCCAAUCUUCCUGACAAAGUUUACAAAAACUUCGUAAAUAUAGUCAUCAAAAACAGUUCUAAAGAAGGUCUUAGAGUUGAUGGAGCAGCUCUCGAUGGUGUUGCAUGGCUGGCCAUUCCCGGGACAGACUUUAUUGCUGUUCAGCUGAACAUCACUGCGGGCACACAUCGCAUAGAACAUAUGUCUCCAGUCCAAACUUUCUCUGUAUUCUCCUACGGGUUUGCCAAGUACGUUUCUUAUGGCUAUCCAGGAGGACUGAGACUGGCAAACCUGGACGUGACCAAAUGUGUACCGAAUACUGGUCAGCCGGCAGAUGGCGUUGAUAACGACUGUGACAUGAAAAUUGACGAAGAACUCUUUAAUGGUAUUGACGAUGACGACGAUGGUGUAAUUGAUGAGGAUUUGUCCUCCCUGCCGCCAGAGGUGGACUAUCCUAAAGAUACAGUCAUCGUGUCAGGCAGUGAGACAGUUACUCAUAACUUAACAAUUGAAACUGGUACCCCAAAUGCAACUGGCUCUGAGCGCUGUGUUGCCUAUCGCGAUAUUACCAUCAACUUCACAGAUUCGACCGAUGACAAUGGCUGUUGGAUGGACAUAAAGCGAACGUGGUUCGUUCAAGACGGGUGUGGGAACAUUGUACAGGCGACUCAGAACGUGUCCGUGUACAGCUCGUGGAAAGCCUUCCGGGCAGAUCCGUCAUUCAAUUGUACGGGUGUGCUGCAGAGAGUUGGCUGCAACGAGAGCACAGAAG